GAGAACGUGCACACAUUUAUAUAUCGUUUAUCAUAUUACCGGGUAAUAUUAGUGGAUUGAACUAAAACAUUGAAAUGGAUGAAGAAAAGAUGUGGAAAAAUAUGUACGAAAUGUUGCAGGAAGUAAGCCCACCGACCGAUCAUGAAAGCAGGUUGCAGGACACUGACGGUGGUUUCUUCGAAAGGUUUGGCACUCUGUUAAAACAAAAAUCUCACUUAGAAGAGACAGAUCUUAAAACAAAACUAGAGCCGUUCGCUGAUGACAAUGGGAAUGAAAGCAUUAUAACUCCACUUGAAUACAGUGAAAACAUUGCAGCAAUUGAUCAUAAUGAGGAACAUCCAUUUGUUCAGGAGGUGGAAAGCAGCAAGGAAGAAUUAGUGGAAUAUGCAGUAGGAAUGAAUGUCGAAGAUCUUUACGAAGAAAUACUUUUUGAAAUAUGUAAUCAUUUUGGAUGUGAAAGUUAUGAUGUAUGUUCUGAUGAUCUUCUUGACUUCGCUCAGGAAAUAUUUAAAGUGCCAAAUUCAAGGCAUAAUGAAAUCUUGGAUUUGGUUAGACAAAAGGAACCCCCAAAGCUUCGUUUAAAUGUGGAGAUUAUCAAGGCUGAAAAUCUGCUGCCAAAAGACGCUAAUGGGUUUUCUGACCCCUUUACUACAUUAUAUUUGGAAUCUAAUGCAUCACAUCGCUACAACACUUCUGUAAAGCAUACGACCCUGAACCCUAUUUGGGAGGAGCAUUUCUCGUUGCCUAUUACUGAUAAUCCAAAGGAGGAAGUUCUCGUUGUAGAAAUAUGGGAUUUUGAUGCUGCAGAAACCGUUAAAGAUAAAGUGAAUAAAUUGUUUGAUGUUAAGGGUGUCAAGGGACUAAGUAAACUUAUGAAAGAGAUCGCACAAACUGCAUCUACGGGAAAACAUGAUAAUGAAUUAAUUGGACGGGCAACAAUUAAUCUUAAGUCUAUUCCAACUUCGGGUAUAACUGUGUGGUACAAUCUAGAAAAGGGGUCCAAAGGGAAAAGCCGAGGAGCCGUCUUAGUUGGCCUGACCUUGAGUGCAGAAAAAAAUAAACGUGUUGCUAUUCAAGAACACAGGCAUUUGUUAAAUAUAUUGCUUAUAUAUGAGCUGGAGUCAUCGCAAGUAGCUGAGUAUUGGUGGAAUGGAAAAUUUAACAAAAAUGCAGAAAUAAUUCGGUCGCAACAUGCUGUGCAAAGUGGACUUACUAACUUUGAAUGUGCCCUCAGUCAAUGGAUAGUGUAUACGAAGAUCCAUGAAAAUCAUAAACUUAGUUUUACCCUCUUUAAAAAUAUUUUAGAUGUUAUUAUUCCUAUAUUGAAAAUUAUUCAAACAGAUUCGGAUGAUCUGAAAAUAUUUUGGGAUGGAGUGAAAAGAGUUCUACCGUCUUGUUUUGCAAUCGUACGCAAAACUCGAGCUAGAAAUGUUAGUGAUAAACACAUCGUUAGUACACUGUGCGAAGUUUUGGAUAUCAUUUCAAAAAUCAGAACAAUGGGAGAACCGCUAUUUGACAUAUUUCCAGAAAACAUUUAUGGCUUCGUUGUACAAAUGGACGAAAACUCAAAAACCAUUUUAACAGUUUUGAUAGAAGUAAUAAAUACGAGUACAAAGGAAUGGCUGGAAUAUAUUAUAGAAGGCAGUAAGCCAAUAACUCGCGAUGAACCCACCGACGAGGAAAACUUGCAAUUUUUGAUAAAACUCAUUCAAAUGGUGCGAUCUGAUUUACAAAGAGGAAUGGAAUAUUUUGAUAAACACUUUUAUCAAAAAUUGAGAAUAAAUUAUUCGGAUAUUCUCUUCAAGUUUUAUGAUUCAAAUUUAUAUGAAAUUUGUAAGAAAAAUGUCGAAUCCGUUUGUGCUCAUAUUAAAAGACUGGAAAUAACUGAGGACACGUUUGAGUUUUUAGAUCCGUUGGAUACCGAAUCUUUAAAUAUGGGGACAACACUUUUUGAACUCUAUCUUGUGCUGAAGAGGUUUAUCACCCUAGGUAGAUCAUUAUGUACGAAUUACGACCUAGCACUAGAACAAUUUUAUAUUUGGUUUAUGCCUGGUGUUACGCAUUGGCUUGAUAUUUCAAUUUUUAAAGCUUUGAAUCGUAUUGAGAGAGCUAUCGAAUUAGAUCUUUUACAAGCUGUGGACGACGCAGUGAAAUAUAGUUCAUCAGCCGUGGAUACCUUGGCAAUAUUUUAUCAAAUAAAAAUUUUCUGGCAGCAGUUAGAUUGGCCGGAUAUAGAAGGAUCAUAUACAUUUGUUGCAAAAAUCAUUAAUGAUGUUUGCCGCUGUUGUGUAUUUUAUUCCACUCGAAUGUCGCGACGUGUUGAAUCUCAAACAAAAGAUAACGACCUUUUUAUUGUUACUUCAGAGUGGUGCUUCGCCAUCAAUAACAUCGAUUAUGUCAGGCAAAGUCUACCCUCGUUCAUUAAGGAACUAGACGCAGAUGAUCUCAUAAAACGAAUUAGUGAUCUACGAACUAAUCUAGAUGCCGAUCGUUGUGCAUCAACAAUUAAAAGUUUAAUCGACAACGCUUUAGAUACGCAAAAAAAUCAAAUUUUGGAGCUUAUCAAUAUCGUUGCCAAACGAAUGGCACCAUCGAUUAAACGAUUUUUAGCUGAAGGAGCUGAAGUUUUACACAAAGAUUCAAAUUCUAUGGAAAAACUUAUGAUGUACAUGGAAUCUUCUUUGAAAACGUUGUACGACACGUUAAAUGAAGUUAACUUUGCCAGAAUCUUAGAUGCAAUUUGGAGUGAGCUUUCUAUUGUGAUGUACGACCUUAUACAAUCCAAUUUAGAUAAACGACGCCCGCCUUCUUUUUUUCAAAAUUUGAAACACACUUUAACAAUUAUGACCUCAUGUUUUAAAAUUGGAAAAAUUGUAACGUCAGAUGUUGAGGUAUUGAAGGAAAUUGAAAAAACAUUGGAUUUACAUGCCUUAGAAACGUCCGAUUUGAUUCAUCAGUAUUACAUCGAAUUGUUAGGAUAUCAGCGAAAUAUAACGAAAUCGGAAUUCGGACAACUCACUAUUAAAGCUAAUUUUACGGAAACAGGUUUAUUGCUCCAUAUCUUAAAUGGAAGAAAUUUGGUUCCAAUGGACCCGAAUGGAUCAUGUGAUUCUUUUGUUAAAAUACAGUUUUAUCCGACUAACAAAUUUUUAAAUGUGCAAUCGUAUAAAACAGCCGUGCAUAAUAAAACUCGAUUUCCUUUAUAUGACGAAAUAUUUAAAAUCAAUUUAACAGAAGAACAGCUUCUAAUGCACAACAGUAUCAUAUUGUUCAGCAUAAAGGACAAAGACCUCUUUGGUGUGACGAGCCAAUAUAUUGCAGAAUGCUACAUAACGUUUGCGGACUUGAUGGGAAAUGAAAAUGAGCAAAUUUUAAUGGAAUUAUCUCGGCCCCGAUUACUUGAAUCGGAAACUAUUCGGGCUUUGGAAUAUAGACUUGGAGAUAAACAGGCUCGAGAUUUUUUGAAGAAAUUAAAAAACAAAUCGUGAUAUUCAUAUAUUAGAACAUUGAUAAAGCGAUUUGAAAAACAAUGGAUAUAAACGUAAAAGAAGAAAGUUUGCUGAUAUAUUGUAUAUUGUAUUUAUUUAUAACUCACAGAUUAAAUAAAAAAUCUGGCUUCUGAUUUAAGAAAGGAAGAAAAUCAAAGACUUCAACGUAUCGUACACAAACAAAAUACAUGUGAAAUAUGUUUUGAGAUUAGGAACUUUUUUCACACCAACAAAAUACAUUGAACAAUCUUCGUUUUUGACUUUUCGAAACUUUGAUUACACAAACAAAAUACAUAGACCUUUUGUUUUUGUAUUUUUGCUACUACUGAGAACCAAAGAAGUUCUAUUCGCAAUUUGCCGGCAGCAUGGUCUGAUAGAAUGAAUAAAUGGACACUGAUGAAAAGACGGCUGAGAAGUCACCCACCAAGAACAGGUUUUGGAGUUAAAAACUAAGAUUAAAGAAAUUCGAAGCUCCAUUACUUGGGAAUAGUGUGAGAAGCUAGUGUAUUCUGUGGAGGAUCGACGUAGAGCAGUAAUAGUUGGAUACCCUAUGUACUAAAAAUGAACACUAUUUGACUAAUUUCCACACCUUUCAAACAAGGAUUUACUUUAUAU